CCGACAUGUCGGGACUGCGACAAUAGCAGGCUCGAGCAGCGGGCCGACCGAGCACCAACAAACGGCGGCAUGGUCGUGCACUACGGCGCAAUUGCGUCCGGGAACCAGGUCAUUAAAGACGCGGCGACCCGCGACAGCAUCAGUCUGGCUCUGGGCGGCGUCCUCUGCUUCGAGAUGGAGGCGGCUGGGCUUGCCACCUCGAUGCCAUGCCUUGUCAUCCGCGGCAUCAGCGACUAUGCCGACUCACACAAGAACGACACCUGGCAGCCACACGCAGCUGCCGCGGCCGCAGCCUUUGCCAAGGAGGUCCUUGGCGUUAUCCCUCCUGCCGACGUCAUGCCGAGCGCUGGAGGCAAGCCAGCCCCCGUCAGGGUGCAGGUAGAUAUUGUCAAGUGGCUAUCGCCGCUCAAUUUCUUUGUCACACAGAAUGAUAUCUUCAGUAGGCGUUUCGAUAACACAGGCAACGAGCUCUUCGGUUCGUCCGAGUUCCUGUCGUGGCUGGCAACGUCAGGAGCGAGCCUAUGGUGCCGGGGAAGCCCUGGUGUCGGAAAGACAAUACAAGCUCAUAGAUCUGUCGUUGUCCAAUACCUGCAUGAGAGGUCCAAAGGAAACCCAUCCAUAGGAGUUGCUUCGGUUUACUUCAAUUACAAGGAGCAGAGCGAUCAGACAACCGAGAACAUCCUGGCGGCAAUCUGGAUGCAACUAGCUUACAACUCUCCCAUCAGCCAAUUCGUCCAAGGGUUGUAUGCGGAGCACGAGCCCAAGGGCACACGACCCAGCGUGCGGGAAGCAACGGAUGCUCUUGCAGAUGCACUCAGUCUCUACGAGCAGGUAUUUGUCGUCAUCGAUGCCAUCGAUGAGAGCUUGGCCGCUGUCGGGGCUCAGCUGUUGCAAGUCCUGCACGGACUUCAAUCCAAUUUAAACAUACUGGUUACGUCUCGGAACGCAAAGGGGACUUUCACCUACGUUGAUAAUUUCCAGGAUCUUCAGCUGAGAGCAAGUAACACAGACAUAGAGGAAUUUGUGAAUAGCAGGAUCGCUAGGGAACCACUGCUCCACAAUUUGCUUGCUGGAGAACCAACACUACGGCAUGCCAUUCAUAAGGCGGUAUCUGCUGGGGCAGGCGGGAUCUUUCUGCUCGCCAGACUACACGUCGACAGCCUCGCAAGGCAAGACAGCAUUCGAGGGAUCCGCAACGCCAUAGAUAGUCUUUCAGGGGACCUUUGGAGAGUGUUUGAUCAGCUUAUGGAGAGGAUCGGAUCUCAGGACUCCACCAGGAGGUCUCGAGUGCAGCAACUCCUGACGUGGAUUUUAUGUGCGACGCGGCCGCUGCGAUUGGAAGAGGUUCGCGCUGCUCUUGCCGUGGAUCUGAGCCAAACGGACGCCGACCCCGAAGCCUUACCGAAUAUGGCUUAUGCGCUUUCAACCUGUGCAGGCAUCGUAGCCGUUGACCAGGAAAGCCAACUCGUGCGCUUCCUCCACCACACCUUCCAUGAGUAUCUCACGGGUCGUGGUUUCCGUUUCCAGGAUCGAAACCCUCAGAUCUACCUCACUCGAGUCUGCCUCACAUAUCUUGGUUUCUCCAUGCUCGAAACGGGCUAUUGUACUUCCGACGCGAAUAUGGACGCUCGACUCGAGGCACACCCGCUGCUCCAAUACAGUUCGCAGAACUGGGGCCAUCACGCUCGAGGCAAUGCGGAAGCCGAGCAGGACGUCCAGGGCCAAAUACUGCAUUUUCUAGGUCGUACCGGCAACGUCAAUACGUCCAUUCAAGCAAUGUUUCUGCCCGAACACAAGUUUGAGGCAUACAGCCAGGUCCGGCCUAGAUAUGCGCCUGGUAUUUGGUUGGCGGCGAGAUUUGGGCUCGUGACAAUCUGCACACGUCUGCUAAGCAAUGGGUGCAAUGUGAACCAGCUGGCGUCGGACGACUCAACUGCCUUGAUCGUGAGCUCACAACAAGGCAACGCAGAUGUGGUCCGUCUGCUCCUGCACCAUGGCGCUCAGGCCACGCGAUUCUCUCUUGACGAUCGUUCGGCUCUGCACGAAGCUGCCACGCGAGGCCACAUCUCUGUUGCCCAAGUGCUGAUCCAGCAAGGGGUGGCGGUGGACAUUGCAGCUCAAAGCGGCCGGACCCCACUGCACGAUGCAGUCAGUGCCGCAAAGGAGGCCAUGGUCGAAUUCCUACUGCAGAACCGAGCCGACCCUUCUUUUCGAACAGCGGAGAGUCAGUGGACUGCGCUCCACACGGCUGCGAACGCCGGCAAUGUCCCUGUCGCGCAUUUGCUACUCAGUGCUCGUGCAGACUGCAACGCGGAGGCGUCCCUCGGUAGGACGCCACUCCUGAUCGUUGCUGAGCAUGGCCAUGAUGCCAUGAUCGAGUGCUUGCUGGACCACGGAGCGAACAUGGAAGCCUGCGACUUUGGGGGCAAUCGCACAAUCCACGUGGCAGCUAGAGAAGGUAAAGGCACCUCGAUGUUGUUGUUGCAUCGCCGCAGCGCCGCGAUAGCCUCACAGAAUAGGCACGGGGACACUUUGCUCCAUCUUGCCGCUUCGGCAGGACACAUCCACAUCCUUUGCUUGCUCCUA